GCCUACCCGAUAAGAAGACGCCAUUUAUGUGUACACUGCAAGGAUUGGAAAGUGCAUGUCUUGGCAUGUCUUGGCAAUUAUGGGAGUUCAUACUCUCUGGAAUAUUUUAGAGGAAACUGGAGUAGAAAUUAUUACAGUGCGAGAUUUGAGAGGCAAGAAACUUGCAGUCGACUUAAGCUCAUGGAUUGUUGAAUUACAGCAAAGUAAAGUUUCCACACAGUUCCGAAAUGCUUACAUCAGAAAUCUGUUUUUUCGUACGACUGACUUCAUGAAAGAAGGUGUAGAGUUGGUAUUUGUUACUGAUGGUAGAGCACCAGAACUCAAGCAGCAGGCGUUACUGACAAGACAACAGAAUCAGUUUGGUUCAUCGUCCAGUACAGCUAAUACAGGCAGACAUUAUCUUAGAAAUGCUGCGUCAUGGUGUGUUGAGAUGCUGGGGUACCUGGGGUUACCGUGUGUACAGGCUGCUGAGGAAGCAGAGGCUAUGUGUGCCUAUCUCAACAGUCAACAACUAGUGGAUGGUUGUCUAACAGACGACAAUGAUUUCUUCCUUUAUGGUGGAAAAACACUUUACCGGAAACUAUCUAAACAUAAUAAGAUGUAUGUUAUUGAAAAGUUUGAUAUGGAUAAGAUAAAUGCUGACUUAAGACUUGAGCGGAGAGAUCUGGUAGCACUGGCGUUGCUGUUAGGCUCCGACUAUGAUGAGAAAGGUGUUAAAUAUGUAGGAAAGGAGAAGGGAAAGGCACUUGUAGAACUCCUCAAAUCUAGAAAACUUGACGUGCUUGACAGGUUACUGGGUUGGAAAAACAAUCAGGAACUAGAUAGUAUUGAAGAACAGUUGUCAGCAGAAACAAAACAGUCUCACUGCCGCAAGUGUGGACACCUAGGUCGUGUUAGUGCCCAUGAAGCAUCUGGCUGCAGUGUGUGUGGGAUUGACUCAGGAUGUCAGGAAUCAUCAAAGGUUACGUGUCAGUGUGCAUGGCACAAACAAGAAGCCCUAAAGAAGCAACAUAAACUUGAGCUAUCACUUAGACAGAAGUCAUUGCAGAAUGAAUCAUUUCCAAAUGAGAAGGUGAUACAAGAAUACCUUAAUCCACAUCUCCAGUCAUGUAAGGAAAUCACCAAACCUUCAAUGAAUGUACCAAAACUAAUGGCAUUCAUGAAAUCUCAUUUUGGCUGGACAUCUGACAAGGCUUUAGAAAAAUUGGUUCCCAUUGUGAUCUUAAAUGAGCUUAGAGAAAAGGGGAGCCAAUCUGAUCUCAUGUUCACUCCAAUCAGGAUAUUGAGAAGUUGUAAAGAAAGUCAUGUAGACUGUUAUGAAGUGACAUGGGAUAAAACUGACAAAAAUGACUGGGCUGGAACAAAUUUUUCAACUAACAUACAGAAGAAAAUAGAGAAAGGUUUGUUCAGCACUGUAUACCCAGCCAUGGUGUCUCAGUAUGAGAAGUCACAGAUGCAGAGGAAGUCAGCAAGUGGAAAGAAGAGAAAGCCUGAGGUAGACAAAGGUCAAUUAAAACUGACACAAUACAAAAAAAUCAAGAAAAAGCUGCCUUUUAAUGAAGAAGAGAGUGGGAGAACUCAGAAAACAGAUUUUGUUGAUAUUUAUGACAUCAAAAACGUAAGUAGUACAUCUACAGACACAGCAAACAAGACAACAGCAGAUCACAGUGAAGAUGCUGAUGAGAAAGUAGAUACUACUAGUCAUGAUAUAGUAUCUGGCUCUAAAUUAGAUACCAGAUAUAAUGUGGAACCUGAAACUUCAUGUAGUAUUCCCAUUGGGUCUCCAUCUGGUCAAAAUAGAAAAUCUCAUGGAAAUGCUAAACUGCAAAAAAGUAAGAUGGGUAAAAAAGGUGGGAGUGGAAAAAGAACAGUUGACAAAAAAUCCACAACAGACUUGUCUCAGGCUUCUAUUAAGAACUUUUUUGCAAGGAGAGAAAUUAAGUCCGACACAAAAGCUAUGGAAUUCAAGCAAAAUGACACAACUGCCUUCAAGACAUUAAAUAAUUCAACUGGUUAACAAGAUACUGUUAAAAGAAUAUACUGUGAAAUCAUAAAUAUUCGUGGGGGACUAAUUUUCGUGGUUGAGUCAAUCCACGAAAUUUAAUCCCAACAAACAAGUAAAAAUCCCAUUCAUUUUAUGUUGUAAAAUUGAAAUCCACGAAUUCAUAUCCCCACGGAAUUUCUGUUUAGACCCCAACCAUGAAAUUUCAUGCCCACGAAAUUAAAUGAUUUUACAGUAAACAUAGCUUGAUCUGUAAGAAAGGGAAUUUCAAACUAGAGAUAUUUCUUGGUGCCAAAGAAGGAUAUCGUUGAUUCAGUGGUGACAGCCACUCAAAUGACAAAGAGUGUUUCUAAAAGAUAAAUACAUGUUAUUCCAUCCAUAACAAGUAACAGAAACUGUACAAACUAUAAAUUAAAUGUAUUGAAAGUAUGCACAUCUAGACACAUACGUUUUAAAAAGUGAGUUAUUUCACAUAGUCAUACUCAAAAUAUAUCCCUUCAUUCAUUUAUACCCCUAGUUUCAAAAAUUACCAAACUGGGUCAACACAUGUAUCACCGCCAAGGGGUAAGGUCACUUUCCCAUAUAUGUUCAAAGCAACUUUUACCCUUAUCAUGCUGGUUCCUAUUGAUUCUGCCUUUGCAGCCAGUGAAGAUCAUGAUCAGUCUGAUCAAGAUCUGUACUUUUUGCCAUUCAGUCAGUAUCUUUUUUGGUAAGCACCCAUUGUCUUGUUUGAUAUUUCUCUUAGUAUCCUGUGUCAAAUAUUCUUGACAGAAAACACUGGCACUACUUCAAAAUAAUUUCAUAGACAUCCUCCUUGCAUAACCAUCUACCAGAACUGUUAAAUCACACAUUGUAAUUCAGGUGAUAAAUCUGGGGCCAUCAUGGCUCUCUUGUAUAAACCAUUAGCCUGGACUGGUACAUCAUUCAAUCUGGGCAGUACCAUUAAUUAUUCAAGGGGUGUUCACUGAAAAUUUACUGACUGAAGAGCGAACAGUGCAGACCAUGAUCAGACUGCACAGAUGUGCAGGCUGAUCUUGAUCUGCACUGGUCGCAAAGACAGAUACAAUUGCCGCCAGUAGGCUAAAGGUUAAAGUAUCCAAUAAGGGCAAUUUUAUACAUUUUUGAUACCUUUUCAUAUACUUGUCUUGUAAAUGAUUUAUAAAAGUAAAUUUUCAGUCAUUUGAUUAGUAUAAUUUUAAAGAACUUUUUGUAUUUUUCAGAAAUAUCCUUAAUUUUUUAAAGCUUCGAUUUUUAAAGCGUUUUUUAAUAACUUGAAAUAGUUCAUAAUUCUGAUUUACAAGUACAAAAAAAAAUUGUCUGUGUAAAUUUCAUCUUUUUACUGAAGAAUUCCAAGAAAAUUGUCAAAAAUACAUUUGAAACCCAGUACAUUGGUGAUAUGUGACAUAAACUGAGUUCACAAAUGGUUUACACAGAAGUUUUACAGGAGGACGCUAGAUUGCUAAGAUCAAUGAAAACUGGUGUUCAGGUGUUUGUUAUUUGAUAUUUACCACACACUUCAAGAAAGUUGUCUUUGUUUAAAAUGUAUGAUCAUAUUAUUCCUUAAUACCAUGGUAAUAUGUGCUUCCAGCACACUAUUGAUAUAAGUUGAAGAGGAGGCUUUCUGUUAUUGACAGUCUACCUUUAAAGUUGAUUAAUCAGAUUUUCACCAACUAAUGCGUUUGGUCAAAACUUUAACAACUAUUCUAAUAUGCUUGUCUCUGUUAAAACACUCUUAUGCUAGAAUGACGUCACAUUAACAAGCGCUGAGGUCAAUGUUUUUGUUGCAACAAAGAAAGAGCGGUUCUAUAUUUUAUCUACUUUUUAGAUCAAAGGCAUAUUAGAAUCGAAAUAAUUUAUUGCAAAAUCGUGUUUUAACACUAUUUAUACACUCGGGCGUAAAUACGUCGUACAAAUAAUUGCAUGAGGGCGUAGCCCGAUGUAUAACAACCCAUCAUGCAUAAAGUGUUAAAACACUCUUUUGCUAUAAAUUAUUUCUUAAAUCAUUUACACUUAUUUGUGUUCACCGUGUCUUUAGUACAUGUUAGAUUUUCACUUGAAGUAUUUUCAAAAUUUGAUUUUUCUAUCUCCCUUGUCCAACCUAGAUAGUGUUAAUUUCAACACAAGUAUGAAUUUAAUAGAGCAAUGUUGGCAGUAAAUAUUUUGCCAGGCAAUAACAGCUUUUGUACACUUUGAUAUGCUUGCAAUAGAUUAUUGUUAUGUUGAUUUAAACUCUUGUUAUUUUAUUAAUCACUGUACUGAUCAAAAUAUGAUUUAUACUCUAGUCAUAAAUAUUAAAGAUUUUUAUACAG